AUGGCGUCCCCGCAAGCUAUGGAUAUGGACCAUAUGGAGGUCAAGUCUGAGCAGGGUCUUAGCCCAGAUGCCUAUGUCAAAGAGGAGGCAGCGGGUGCCAAAGAGGAGGAGGAAGACAAAAAGAUGGAGAUGAAGCAAGAGAUGGCAACCACUGAGUGGACCGAGGGUCUGAUUCCUGAGGCCACCGACUUGGACCUGCAAAAGAACCUUGUGAUCUCAGCGCUGAAGCAGUUGCUGGAGAAGUUUGGAUCUGCCCGGGUUUACUUGGAGCAGAGGUACAAGGAGCGUGCAGAAGCCAUGCUUUUCUAUGAGUAUCUCCACACUUUGUCUGCUCAGAGCCACCCCAUGCACAACCUGUUUGACUCCAAGAAGUGGUCAGAGCAGCCAUCCAGCACCAUGCUCAAGUUGCCCGCCUGGUGUUUUUCGUUUGCAGCGCUUUGCAGCGUGAAGCCAGAUACGGAUCAAAAGCACACAAUGGAUCUGGCCGAGCAGAUCCUGACCAAUGGCUUCGAGUCACAGGCUGACCCGCUGCUGGUUACGCUCCGACCUGAUGUGAUGAAGGCAUGCCCGUGUCAAGUUCAGCCUGCAGACCGUUUGCAGCCCUUUGCAGUUGGGUUCUGCAAGGGCAAGGCAAGGAUGCAUACCUUGCUGAGCAUCUUGAGCAUCUUUCAUGACAACAACCUGAAGAUUGAGGAAGUUCACCCAACUCUUUACGAAAGUGUUCAAUACAUCUUUUGCCAGUAUGUGGAGACCCAAACCUUGAAAGACGAAUUGCUGAUGAACUUCAAGAACUCGAUCAAAGGCAGUUUGCGCAAAGCUCCUAGCAUCAUGUGCUGGGUCCAGGCAGUCCAGAACCUGAUGGUUUUUGGCAAGGUGGAUGUUCAGGCUCUCAUCAAAAAAUUCAACUCGCAAAACCCUUCAAACUUUCAGUUAACGGGUUCGAAAGCUCAAGCAGUCCGGGCCUUGCUGGAGGAUUUCCCCGUUGAAGCUUUGAAGUGUGUGCAGGAGCACGUGCAGCUGGUUGGAUGGCAGAGCUGCGCGUUUACCGAUGAUGCUUUGUCGUCGAAAAAACUGCUACCUGGACACACCUUCCGCAAUGUCAGCGGGUCAAAAACAUGGACGGCCUUGGGAAGAGUGACGGUGGGGUCGGCAACUUUGGCAGUUCAACAUGCUGUGAAAAAGUUUGGGGCCACCAGCCCAGAAUCCAGGCGGAAGUUUACCCGCUCAGAUUUGGAGCAGUUUGCUCAGCAGGCAGCCUUUGUGAUCAACAUGGCAGGCCAUGCAAAGCAAGAAGUGCAAUUGGAUGAUGGCGAGAUCGAGAAAAAUUGGGUGACCGCUUGGAUGCGGUGUGACCAAUCUGUGAUGUUGGAGGUUCAAAUGCAUUUGUCUCAGAAGGAUGCCUCGCUUGAACCACGAGGUGUCAAGCAACUUGCGGAGCUGAUGGAUGCCCAUGCCAACUCUGUGCCGGUGCAGGGGGCCAAAGCAAUGAAGAUCGGCGAGCUUGAGGAAGACACUUGGAAACUGGUGAAGAAUCGACUUGAGUAUGACUGGCAGGCUAUCCGAGUCUAUCGGAUUCGCUUGACCAGCUUUGAAGGGACUUUGUAUCAGCAAAAGCUUGCGCACCGGAUGAAAGCUUGGGAAAACAGCCAUGGUGCUGCAGGGGCAUUCUUGAACAGGAAUGUCAAGAUCCUGUGCUCCACGCAGUCCGAUGAGAACUUGAGGCGCUUCGCUGACUUCAAGUCCGAGUUUUGCAAGGCCUAUGGACUCCAGCAAGACAAGCUGGUGACUGUGGUGAUGCUCAAUUGGGCAGCUGUGUGCAGAAUCCGAGACGCUUUGCGAAAUUGCCAGGCAAACAUGGCUAGUGUGAUCUUGAACCAGAGCUGUUCGGCUAUGGCUGUGGCUAUCAUGCCAGAAUUCAGCUACAAACGUGGUCAGAGCUGGAGAGCUGAGAUGUCCUGUCUGGAGGCCUUGAGCAAUGGUGGGCUCUUUAUCGACCGGAGUUUGGCAAUCCAGUUCGAAGCGCGCAAAGACACCCGUGACACACGUCCCUUGGUGUACAAGGCCCGAAUUGCUAUGGGCCAAAGUUUCAGGGAGAAGGACUGGGUGUUCGCUGCAUGCCCACUGGUGAAGGAAGGCCGCACACCCCCCAUUGAGCAGCUUGCAACAGCUGACAUGAAGGUGGUGGAAGACUGUGCUGAUGGUGCACUGCCGCACACCACAGAUGCCGAUGGGACUGUGGCAGGAGCGAAGAAGUUCGAGCAGCUGGGGAAGGCCACCUACACUUGUCUCAUCGAGAACAGUUUGGAAGGAGUGGAGGUAGACCCCAAUGGCGGCAUCAUUCUGGUUGAUCUCAACAUGUCACCUGGUGACAUGUUCCAGGGCUGGAUCCAGCAGAGGCAGCAGUGGACCAAGCCAUCAGCCUACAUCGCAUUGACCGACGACAAUGUUGCAGAAGAGUGGUUUCUGCAGACCCAAACCGAGUUCUUGACAAAGGGGCACUUGGCGGCAGAGAUCAGUUUGCCAGGCAGUGCCCACAUGAGCCCAGACCUGCCCGAGGAGCUUGUAGCUGAGAAGCCAAGACCUCCAACCUUGCAUCUUCUGACGCUUGGUGGCCCUCAGAAAGAUUAUCCUGUGGUUCCGGACCAGCUCAACAAGGACUGGGAGCUCCACAAUCUUCACGGUGCAGAAUGGCGAGCCAUGAUGGACAAGAUGGUUGAGGAGUUUGGGCCUUUCCCUGCGGCACCAGCACCUGCACCUACCCAGGUGCCGAACAGGAGGCGUGGGGCCCCGGAUUCCGGUGAACAGCGUUCUUUGCGCCGUCGCCGUGAGGCACCACAUCCGGACAAGAUUUUGAAGGAGGAGGAUCUGCCCACUACCACCACACUCCUGAGCUGUGAUGUGAUGAACGUGAAAGGUGGUGGGGUGAAGCUGAUCGUGAAGCAGAACAACCAGAUCUUCUUGAUCAAUGGAUCUGCUGCUGAUGUGAAGAUGAAUGCGGGCAUGAUCGUGGCUGGCUUUGGGCAAGGAACUUGGAAAAAGGCAUCUGAAUCUCAGGACUUUGGCGAGAAAGAGGUUGAAAUCAAGAUGUCCCCUGAGUCCAUUGUGUUCCACGCAGCGGCUUUGAGAACGGUGAAGGAUCUGCUUGAAGCUGAGCUUUUGAAGAACCCCAGCAUUGGCAUUUGCUACCACACAAAAGUGGACAGUCCCCAAGCUGACCAACCGACUCAGUGGACCCUCACACAAGAUGAGCGUGUGGGGUUUGUGCCCAAAGGCUUGACAGCUGAGGAGGAUCCGGAGGCAGGUGUCACUGCCAAGCAAGUCAGCUUUGCAGCUGCUGUGCCAGUGAACACCUGGGGUGGCUAUGCCGAGGUGGUCUUCCUGACCCGUUGGAGUGCAAAGGGUUUGUUGCCUGUGCGCCCAGCAGUGCUCUUGAUGAGCGAUGUCGUGGUGCCUGCAAAGUCAGCUUUGAUUUUGUCCAAGUGA